AUGGCAGCUGAAAAACAGGGAAUCAGUGAUGGGAUCCGACCUGCAACCGCCGAUCAGGAUCCUGGUUUGAACAAGCUAGACAUUAAAGACGAGACUGGAGACUUUGCGGUAAGGGCUCUAGCUGCGGGCCCUGUCGAUGAAGCUGCGUCCAGAAAAGUCCGCAGGAAAAUUGAUCGAUAUAUCCUACCGUUUCUGUGUAUCACUUAUGCACUUCAAUUCAUCGACAAAUCCUCCCUGGGCUAUAGCUCUGUAUAUGGAAUCAUCGCGGACAACGGCUUGGUAGGCCAGGAUUACUCCUGGGUCAGCUCUAUCUUUUAUUUUGGAUAUCUACUCGCCGAAUAUCCAGGAGUCGCCAUCCUCCAGCGGUUUCCAGUGGCGAAAUUCCUCGGGGCAAACAUCGCCCUUUGGGGGAUAAUCUUGAUGACAACAGCGGCAUGUAACUCAUUUGGCGGGCUCGCCGCAGCUCGAUUUAUCCUUGGAAUGACCGAAGCCACCAUCUCACCCGGCUUUGUCGCCGUCACGGGCAUCUGGUGGACGAGACAAGAACAAGCCAGCCGCUCUGCUCUGUGGAUCUCAUUCCUGGGCGUCGGGAGCUUUGUUGGCGUGCUUAUCGCAUACGGUAUCGGGCACAUUACAGGCCACCUCAACCCGUGGCGAUACAUCUAUAUCAUCCUCGGCGCAGUGACAGUUGUGUGGGGUGUCCUCUUCACCAUUUUCGUCCCCGACAGUCCCUCACGCGUAAAGUGGCUGAGCGAAGAGGAAAAGGUCGUUGCGGUCCAGCGCGUCAUCGGAAACAAGACGGGAACCAAGACUCGCCAGUUCAACAAAGAUCAGAUACUCGAGGCUGCUACAGACCCAAAGAUCAUCAUCCUGGGAUUGAUAUCAUUUGUCAAUGCUCUAGCGUCUGGUGGACUAUCAUUUGGAUCCUUGAUCAUUUCGGGAUUCGGGUUCACUCCUAUCCAGACAACAUUGAUGAACCUGCCCUUGUCCACCGUACAGCUGGUGACUCAGCUUUUCGGCGGAUGGCUGAUCUCGAAAGUCUCCAGUUCGCGUCUAAAUAUUGCAACUGUUGCCAUGAUUCCACCAAUCAUCGGCACAUGCCUCAUUAAUCAGCUUGCGACCGACAACAAAUGGGGCAGACUGGUCGGCGUCUGGCUCCUUGGCUCGUACCCUGUGGGCUUUAUGGUGAUCCUUGGCCUCCUGUCGACCAACAUAGCCGGCAGCACGAAACGCUCGGCUGCCUCAGGUUGGGUGUUCGUGUGCUACUGCGUCGGCCAGAUCGCGGGGCCCCAAUUCUUCAAGUCCGCCCAGGCCCCGGCCUACCAUAGUGGGAUUGCCGCCAUGCUUGCAGGUUUUGUAUUGAACCUUGUGCUGAAUCAAGUCUUGAGGUCUCUGUAUGUCCUCGAGAACAAGAGGCGAGAUCGAAGCAUUGCGGAUAAGUCCGAGGAGGAGAUUACGGAGAUGAAGCGCGAGAGCGACCUUCAGGGCUUUGAGGACGUCACAGAUAAGGGCAACGCAAUGUUCAGAUAUGUGCUCUGA